CCAGUUUGAAAAUACUGUAACAGUGUUUUUAGGAGGAACAAUGUGUGCAGUAAGAGUUCCAGGUAAGACAAACCUCUACCAGAAAUUUGAGCUGUAUUUGGUCUGAGCUGAUGUUGCUUUGGAAUUUAAAACUUAAACUUGUUUUUUUUUUUUUUUUUUAAGACUGUACUUAUCUUAGCGCUGACAAUCUAGUAAGUUCAAGGUUUUAUUUACAUUCUUUACUCUGUAAAAAGUUUAAUGACUGUAAUACUGUAAUAAUGCUUGUCUCAUGUAGGACAGGUCUCUGGCCUCUGAUGAUUUGUUGGCUCACUACUUUAAUGACUUCCUGAGUUUGCCGGUAAAGUAAUCCUGACACAGAGAUAAAAGAUAGAUGGGAUUUUAUCUCUUGUAUCUUUUGUAUUGUUUUUGCUUUUUGUAUGAUAUGGACUUAUUGGGUCUGAAAUAAAAUUUAUACAUACAGUAUAUACCUUUCAUAAAACCCAAGCACCCUGUGUAUAUGCUAACAUCUCUUUUCAGUCUUUCCCAAAGGCUGUGACCUAUGACCAGGAGACGGGGCUGUUUGAGGUGGUGAGUGGAGCUGCUGAGCUCGUGUCCAGAAGUAUCAGAUCAAACCUGCACCGCAGCAAAUCACAGCUCCUCACCGGUGACCCCACAGCACUGGCCAGACCCCCUCCAGUAGACAACCAUUAUACUGUCUAUGUGAGUGCUGAGUGAUAUCUUUGCAGGGUGAACCGCAUCAUACUGGUAGGUUGGGUUUGUGAUUUGGGGAGAGGUAGGCAGCUGAGCUUCAACAGGAAUCUUCCUCCCUGACCUUUACAGUGCCUGGACAAGGAGGAAGGACUUGAGUGGAUAAAGAUGAACAGGUUGCCCUUUUUUCUUCAGAGCGAAUACUACAGUGAAUACAGGUAAUACAAAUGCUGAGCAACUCUUCCUCCUUAUACACGAGAACACAUAAGGUGUACCUCGAGUCGUCUGUCAUGAUUUAGACAGCUGCUGCUUCCAUCCUAACAUUAGUAUAAAGUUGAUCAUAUUUUGUCUGCACUGCAUUGUCUUACCUCCCUCUAAACAUUUAAGAAUAUUUUCUCCUGAUCUUUAGGAUGUUUUAAAGCUCUGUUUGCCUCUAAAAGCAGCCUUUUGUGUGUAUACUCUGGCACCGAUUAUGUAGCAGUUUUUCCAAAAAUCCGUCCUUAGACUUGCCAAGCUGAUGCUGCAGCAGGGCCCAAACUAUUGCUUUCAGAGGAGGAGAGUCACAUCAAAUCAAACCUGCGUGUCAGCACAGCAGCAGCAUUUUCAUCCUCAGAUCAACCUGAGAAAUGACAACGCACUGAAAGCCCCAACGUGUCCACAUUGCCAAGGUAUCAUUCUGUGUGAUGAUCAUAUGUUCUAGCUAAAGAAAAGGAUACUGAUGAUCUUUUUCUGUAUUGUGCAGCAGCAGUGAGGUCAGCUGGUGACACUGCAUAUGGAUCACCCGAACAGGAACUUUGCAACACAAAAAGCUGUUCAGAGUCAGAAAGCCUAUGCAGAAUUUCUUCUCAGUCCUCCUUUAGCCUUACUUUCAUGGAAACCAAGGAUCCCUGCAGCUCAAAGACAGACUUCAGCCGGUUCAUUACAGCACCAUCAGCAGGGAUCUCAGAAGCACAACAUCAUCAUGAGCCCAACAGCCUAACUUUUGAUUCCUCCAAACAACAAGUGGAGCUCAUGGCUGCUGAGGUGGUGCAACAGGUGUUAAACAAUGCACUGAAUGUGAUGACAAGACACACAAGCAUAGGCUGCUCCUGUGAAAGUAAAGUUAGCCAGCUCUUACCUAGAGAGGGGAAAGAAAGACUGGAGGGGGAGGAAGAAAAGUUUCAAGAGAGGAAGACAGAGUGUGGAGAAGAAGACAAGACAAAUGAGCCCAAGAUGAAGGAGGUGGGAAAUUGGGGAGCAACUCAUGAAAAUGUUCUUGGUAUUUGUUGCCAUGGUCCCUGUUGCUAUGGCACUAGACCAGGAUUGGAUGAGUUCAAGGAGUUUUUGCAAGGGACGCCUGGAGAGAAGCUGUUAAACCUCUGGAUGGAUAUAGAGAGACUAAAAACGACACAGAACAGAGAGCGGAAGAAAAGGUGCACAUCAGAACAGGACACUAUCUGACCAAACUGAAGUGUUUUUGUGUGUGUUUGACUGAGAUUGAACCUGAAACCCAAUCCAAUCCAGGUUUAUUUAUAUAGCACAUUUAAAAACAACAAAGCGCUGACCAAAGUACUGUACAGUAAAAUUAAAAACAAAUAAAAAGAACCAGAUAAUUUUACCAGACAACCCCCUUAAAAACAGGGGCUGAGCUGGGUGGCUGAAUUCAUUCAUCUGAGGGAAUGAUCUGAUGUGAUGUUUUGUGGUAUUUUGAUCAGGUAUGUGGUCUUGAUGAGGAGCUGCUACCUCCUGAGCAGCAGUCAGAGCAGUCUGAAUGUAGAGCUGCUCUCCAGGCUGGGGCUCUCUACCUCCCCCUGCUGGACAGAGGACAAACUGUGCUCAGUUCAGCCUUUCCUUAUGGAGUCCCUGCUCUCCUAUUGGUGAGAAUGGCAGUUCAGAGUACAUCAUAUGGCCUGUCUUUGUGUGUCUGUUAUCCUAUUGUGUAAGUCUAAUGAUGGACAUAGUUUAUAGUAUGGAUACAUGGUCAUGAUGAGUAGGACACAGCAGAGGCCCCUCAGUGUUUUAUCUAGUAAAGGCUCAGUGGGAACACUCUUCUUUAUCGCCCCUUUCUCCACAGGUUUCCCAGGUUCUGGACUUCCCAGCGUGUCCACAAAGACCAGGAGGAGGUUUUGCAUCCAAGACAGUGGACAGAGCCGUGUUUAAGCCCCCUGUCAGACAUUCAGCCCCACCCUGGGUUUUUGACCCUGCCUCUCCUUGGCCCUGACUCCCCAGCUGUCCACACACAGGUAAGUCCAUUUGACAGGACAGGGCUCUGUGCAUAGGGCAAGGACACAGAGACCAGUACCAGCAACUUAACCUCGUGAUAAAGUCUUUAUAUAUUAAAAUAAGCAUGAUGGUGGUCCCCACUGUCUGUAUUUUGAUGAAUGACUCUUUUCCUGUGGAUGUCUUUUAUCAGUUGUACUCCAGCAGAAGAGUCGAGGAGAUGUUACAGGCUCUUUGUGUUGAACCAUGGGCCGGUUUAUACUUCACUAACUUCUGUGAACAAUCUGGAAACCAGGUACAGCAGCAGCUACUGAACUAUUUUUCCCAUCUCUUUGUAUUGUUCAUCACAGUCUUUUUUGUUCCAGCUGUGGGAGAAUGCAGUAAACUUUUGGACUGACCUGCAGCACUACCGUGAGCUGUUCUAUCAAGAUGGACUGGACCUUUACAGAGUACAGAGGCAGGCACAGGUCAGCACCUACACCUGGAUAACUCUGCUGAGUAUCCAAAAAUAUUCUUAGAUCAAUGUCAAAUGUUUAGCUGUUGUAUUUUAAGAGACCCAGGAGUGAAAAAACUAACAUGAAUAGUAGAGCAGACCUGGAUCAGGACAUCAGUCGACUCCUGGACAGUCUGUGGUAGAUGAAAUCAAUGAUAGAUGAUGUCUCAGAGGUGCUGGAUUGGAUUCAGGUCUAGGGAACAGACAGGCCAGCCAACGGCAUCAAUGCCUCUGUUAUCCAGGAAGUGCUGACACACUCCAUCCACAUUGUCCCGGACAACAAGAAGGCCACUGCACCGGCAUAUGAUGACAGUAGGUCUGAGGAUCUCAUCCUGGUACCUGACAGUAGUCAGGGUACCUCUGGCUAUUAUGUGGGGGUCUGUGCAGCCCUCCAAGGAUAUACCAGUUUGGCCCACCCCCAAACCGGUUAUACUGGAGGGUGUUUCAGCAGCAGUUCUUCAAGAGUCUCCAGACUCUCACAUCUGUCCUAUAUGACCAAUAUUGGGGUUCUCUAACAAAUGUUAAUCAGGCUGCACAGUGCCAGGCUGUGAGCACAGUUCCCACCUGUGCAUGGGGGCCCCUCAUUCCAUCUUCAUGGACUCUGUUUCAGACAGUUUGGUCAGAAACAUGCACUGGAGUGACCUGCUGGAGGUCAUUUUAUAGGGUACUGGCAGUACUCCUUCUGGUCCUACUGGUACAAAGGAGGUCCUGCUGUUGAGUAGUCGCCUUCCUACGGCCCCUCCACCUCUCCCGGUAUCUCCAGUGUGCUGGGAGACACAGCAAACCUUCUGGCCAUGGCAUGCAUGAAUGUACCAUCCUGGAGGAGCUGCACCAUCUGAGCAGGUUCUGUGGGCUGCGUAUACCACCUCAUGUGGUCCACCUGUAGAGAGGGUGCUGGGAAAAUGGUAAAACUAGCCGAGAAAGGAUCUAAUAUUUCCUUUUUCAGUCUAAAACCAAGUACUUCAGCUGAGUCAGCUGGCCUGUAUAUACGUAUGAUUUAUUGCUGCCACAAAAGCUCCGCUCUUUUUAAGGUCAUUAGCCAUCAGACCAAAAAAAAAAAAAAAACAGAUUAAAAAAAAAAAAGUUUUACAAGUUGUUUGUUCAGUCUCUCUGCCAAAGCCAAUGGUGAAAGUCGAACAAAUUAUGAGGGAUAUAAAUCUGUUCAACUGUUUUUGUGGGAAUGAAAAGCUGAAAUUUUCAGUAACUUGAAGCUGACAUUAAAAUGACUCAUCCAGGAGAGGACACCUCUCCAAAGAGACUGAAGUCCUGCCAGGAUCAAUCAUGAAACACAUUUUUUAUGAUGAGAAUAAAGGUCUAUAAAUAUCUUUAUAUUGUGACCAUCUAUGCAGAGGCACUCUAACAGACUAAAUUAUAGCUGAUCCAACCAAGCUGCUCUCAGCUCUUUGCCUUUUGGCCUGCUGCUGCUGCUCUCUCCUCUGCCUCCUUGACCCUCCACUAAGUGGAGAGAUGUAAACACCCAUUAAAAAAAAAAAAAAAGACAAGUGAGUCAGUCCUCAAACCCCAGCUCCUCACCAGUCCAGCCACAGGGAACCACCCAGUCUGACUACAGCUGGACCAGGGCGCAAAGCUGAGUGAUCAGGUCCAGAAAACCUCAGAGUCAAAUCUAUUUUCCUGGAGUUAACCUUCAGUUCACCAAAGGAACGACAUUAAGAGGAUCUUUCCACAGUGCUGAUGCCAAGAGGGUUAAAUGAAUGACAUUAAUGUGGUGUGAUGGCUGCAGCCGUGAGAGAUAGUGAAUAUUGUGUUUGAGAGCAUUUAACAAUGGAGAUGAUGGAAGUGAUGGUGGUUUGAGGAAAAAAGGCUCUGAAAGUGAUGACAUUUUUAUGAUCUCUCCUCUCAACUCCCCUCCUCUCCUCUCCUCCUCUUCUCUUGUUCCCUCUUCUCUCCUCUCCUCAGCUGCUGUACUCCACCUAUCUUUUCAGUUCUGCCAGGAGCAGCUUUGGUGUAAAUGAAGAGAUCAGGAGGGAGGUGUACAGUCGUAUGAUUCCUGCCUACGAAGAGCUUUUUGACAGGGUUGAGGAGCACACCCUGAAUCUCCUGCUGGAGCCUUGGACACUGUUGGUCAGCAGAGACACUCAGUCCUUUCAGAAGGUAACAGCAGUGCAUCAGAAACUUCAGCAGCUUACCUCAUCUCUAGAGAGAGUGUGUUUACUGUCAUAAGUCGAAGGUUUAGCUGACUCAGAGUUUCUUGGUUUGAUGGACUUUCUGUCAGUCUGACGACCACACUAUUUUUGUAGAGUAUGAAGACACUGGGCACCUCCAAGUCAUGCAGAUCAGUUUAUCCAAACAGUUUCUUACUUUUUACUACACUUUCUUCAGUCCAGUUUAAUCAUGAAUGUGAUGUCUAUCAGAUAAGCUUCUUUCAAUGAGCCAUGUACACAAUACCCAUCAAAUGAGAUUGCAAAAGCACAAAUGGGAUAUAAUUUCUUUUUUAAAGAAAAAUUCCUGCCUUGAGCUUUUCAGAAUCUUUCAAGACAAGCUAUAAAAUAACAAGAUUAUUAAACAAAAUAAUAUUUAAAGCUCCUGUGAGUAACUCUCGGUUUGUCCUCCCUGUGAACAAAGCAGUCUUUGUCUAUCUUGUCUUUGUCUAUCUAACAACGUGGGGAAAAAAGAGUUUUGAAGAAAAAGAGAGAACUCCAUCACAAUUUAAAUUAUUUUCAAUACUUUACAUGUACAUUGAAAAAAGAACAAAGUUUCUGCCUGUUAAAGGAAGUUCUUCCUCUUCACUGUAACUUACUAAGUGAUGGAAAGUGUUUCACUCAUGGUUGAAGAUAGGAUGGGUUGUCUCCACAGAGGAAGACCUUUUCAUGUGUGCAGCCUAUAUCCCCCCAUCAGAGUCUCCUUAUUACAACAAAAACACUUUCCCCAUUCUGGAGGACAAGAUCAGCUGUUACCAGACACAGGGAAAUGUGCUGAUCUGUGGUGACCCUAACGCCAGAACAGGCACAGAUCCUGAUUCAAUUAAUGCACAUAGAGACAAACACAUACCUGAUCAGCAUCCCUCCUCCUCCUCCUCCACAUCUGCACAGAAACAACUUUGAUAAAACUGUCAACAGAAAUGGGCAUCAACUGCUGCAGAUGUGUCACACACUGGGGGCUGUACAUAGUCAACUGUCAGCUUCGAGGGGACUCCUUUGGUCACUACACACACAGCUCUCCUCUUGGCAACAGCACAGUAGACUAUAGUAUUCCAGACCUAGACCCCUUCUGUUUUAAGGCAUUCACUGUCAGCCCCCUAACACCCCUAUCAGACCACAGCAAAAUCACCCUGUACAUUAGGAGGACCCCAACAGACCCCCAUGUAGCACAGCCCAGUAGGCUCAACCGCUCCAAACAGCCUUACAGGUGGACAAGUCAUAGCAAAGAUGACGAUCAGAGAGCAAUCGGGCAUCUAACUAUCUCAUCCACGUUCGACCAUUUUCUCUCCACCUCAUGUCCCCACAGUAAUGAUGGCCUCAAUCAGGCUGCUGGGGGUAUUAACAAAAUAUUUGACCAAACAGCAUCUCUAUCCAAUCUAAACAAAUCAAACAAAUCUAAGCAUCAUGGUUCAAACUGAUGAAAAGUGGUUUGAUUUGCACUGCAGAUCUCUGAAAAAAACACUCCGUAAAUUGUCCAAUGAAAAACACCUGCAACCUGAUAAUCAGGAGCUCCGCCUUCAUUACUGGGAAUCAAUGAAGUUUUAUAGAAAAGAAAUUGAGCACUAAAAAGAAACAACAUGAACAGAACCUCCGCGAAGAAACUGAAGAGUCUAUUGACUCCAAUAUUUUUUGGAAAAAAAAUGGCAUUUAUUUAAGAAAUCUAACAAAGAAGAACUGGCCAUUCAAAAUGGUGACAUUUGGAAAAAGCACUUUGAAAAUCAAUACAGUGCAAUCCCUCUGGAUUCAGCCCCAAAUAAUCUGCUUAACAGAUUAGAAGCCCUUGAAUCAGUUGUUAAAGACAAUCAAAACCCUCUAGAAUAUGUUACUAAUGAAGAGGAGCUGCUGACCAAGAUCCAGGCUCUGCAGCCAAGGAAGGCAAGUGGACCGGAUCGCAUCCCAAAUCAAAUGCUUCAGUUUAGCAGCCAUAAAAUCAGGACUGCCUUAUUGAAAUUAUUCAAUCUUAUUUUGAUCAUCGGACAUUUCCAGACACCUGGAGCCAAAGAAUAAUCACUCUAAUCCACAAAAGUGGAGACAAGUAUGAGCCCAACAACUACAGAGGCAUAUGUGUCAUCAGCAGCCUAGGGAAGUUAUUCUACAGCGUCGUUAACAGCUAUCUGCAAAACUUCCUCAGUGAGCACCAUGUCCUGAACAAGAGUCACAUUGGAUUCACACCCAAACACAAAACCGCUGACCACAUCUACACCCUCCACACCCUCAUCCAGAAAAAUAAUCACAGACAAAAUCUUCACUUGUUUUGUGGAUUUCAAAAAAGCAUUCGAUUGAAUUUGGCAUCAGGGUCUAUUUCUAAAAUUGCUAGACAAUAAAACAAUGUACAGUGCCUUGAAAAAGUAUUCAUACCCCUGAACUUUUUCACAUUUUGUCACAAACUUUGUUUGUCAUAGACCAACACAAAGUAGCACAUAAUUGUGAUGUGGAAUGAAAAUGAUACAUGGUUUUAAAAAAUUUAAACAAAUAAAAAUCUGAAAAGUAUGAUGUGCAUUUGUAUUCAGCCCCCCUGUGUCAAUACUUUGUAGAGCCACCUUUUGCUACAAUUACAGCUGCAAGUCUUUUGGGGUAUUUUUCUACAAGCUUUGCACAUCUAGAGAUUGAAUUUUUUGCCCAAUCUGUUUUGCAAAAUAGCUCAAGCUCAGCCAGAUUGGAUGGAGAGUGUCUGUGCACAGCAAUUUUCAGAGUGACCAUGGGCCACUUGGCUGCUUCUCUCGCCAGUGCUCUCUUUGCUCGGUCUGUCAGUUUAGGUGGGGGGCCAUGUCAUGGUAGGUUAGUAGUUGUGGCAUACUUCUUCCAUUUUUGGAUGAUGGAUUGAACAGAGCUCCUUGAGAUGUUCAAAGCUUUGGAUAUUUUCUUUUAACCUAACCCUGCUUUAAACUUCUCCACAACUUCUUCCCUGACCUGUCUGGUGAGUUAAUUGGUCUUCCUGAUGCUCUUUGUUGACUAGUGUUCUCUAACAAAGCACUGAGGCCUUCACAGAACAGUUGUAUGUAUGCUGAUACUAAAUUACACACAGGUGGACUCUAUUAACUAAUUAGCUGACUUCUUGAGGCAAUUGAUUGCACUGCAUUUUAUUUAGGGGUAUCAGAGUACAGGGGGCUGAAUACAAAUGCACACCACUUUUCAGAUUUUUAUUUGUUUAAAUUUUUGAAAACCAUUUAUCAUUUUUGUUCCACGUCACAAUUAUGUGCUACUUUGUGAUGGUCUAUGACAAAAAAUCUCAAAAAAAAACUUUAAAGUUUGUGGCUGUACAGAGACAAAAUGUGAAAAAGUUCAAGGGGUCUGAAUACUUUUUCAAGCCACUGUACAUAAAUAAUCAAUGAGCGAUAAAAAUUGGAACCAGAAAAACAGACACUUCUCCCCCAAAGUAGAGGGGUAAAUCAGGGCUGCAGUCUCAGCCCCACCCUCUCCAAUAUCUAUACUGAUGAUUUGGCCAAAUCCCUGGAAGAGUCAGACAUCCCUGGUCUCACCCUCUCUGACACACAAGUCAAGUUCUUACUUUUUGCUGACAAUCUAAUCGAUCGUGCUCGCUCCAUCUAAAGAGGCUCUACAAAAACAAUUAGAACAUCUACAAGAAUUCUGUCGGACCUGGGCCCUUACCAUUAACCCUGAUAAGACAAGAGUCAUGGUCUUUCAGAAACGACUCAAGUGUCAGAAAGACCAGCACAGGUUCCUCCUGGACUCUACAGACAUACGACACACACACAGCUACACAUACCUCGGACUAAACAUCACAUCUACAGGAAAUUUCAAUCUGGCCAUUAACGAUCUGCGAGACAAGAGCAGAAGAGCCUUCUGGUCUUGGGACAAACACCCAAUCGAAAGUCUGCACACAGAGAUUUUUAAAAGCAUUCCCUGGGUCCACGGAAACAGCCCCAAUAAUGGAUGCAGAGCUGAAUUAGGCCAAUGUCCCCUUUGAAUUUGGAUCCAAAAAAGGGCAAUCAAAUUCUACCAUCACCUCAAAGCCAGCCACCCUAGCUUCUACCACUGCAAAGCCCUGCAGAACCAAGAGGAGAGCAGACACAGGAGUCCCCUCAGUCAGCCGGUCCACAGGCUCAGCUCUAUCAGCACUGAGCACCAAGACCGCCCUCACACAAUCCGGCCCCCCAACCAAAUUAUUAAAAAAAAAAAAGACAACGACAUCAACGAUUGGAUAGUAGUGGGUCUGAUCUUACAGGAUGGGUCUGAGUCUUGUCCCAUCUUAACAUUGGGUCUUUGUAAACAGAGUCUGGUCUAGACCAGCUUUUUUGUUGUUAGGGUAAUAAGUCCAGUUUUGAGAACCUCUGACCUAGACCAUGACUAUCAGUGUGGAAGUAGUUGCAGAUAACUUUUAUUUUUAACUUCAUAUGGUCUUUUUUUAUGUUGUAUGUACAGGUCUGUUUGCAGGAGGAGGUGCGCUGUGUGGACAGUCCAGAGUACAGGGAACUUCAGAGUCUUUACAAAGAGUCAAAGCGUCAACUCUAUCAAGUAUGCCAAAUUCUGCCCCAGUUUCACCCACGAAUACACCUUUGUGCUCAGUUUCAAAUGCCAAUAAAUACAUUAACACAGUAAAAACAGCCAGCCAGUGCUAACAGUCAUGUAAAUAAUUGAUGCUGCUGCUCCUUCACAGAUGGAGCAGUGUGGGUCCGUGCUCUCCCCCUCUGCUUUCCCCUCUACUCCCCUCUCAAAGGGCUCAGGGACAUCAGACGCCUGGUCAAGCGUGUCACCUAAUUACCGAGGUUACCGUCUAGGUUCUUUACUUCGUCACCGUCAUGAGAUUGGGCACUUCAUGUCCUUCCUCCAGAGUCAGAAUGCCAGGUGAGCAAUAAUCCAAGAUUUCACAGAUAUUGAGAACAUGUAAUAUGCAAGAACACAGGGUCAGUGUACUUGACAUAAAUUUGCAUCAUGUUCUCUAACAUGCAGGCAGUAUGGAUAAACGCAUUAACUGUGUUAGUGCAGAUUGUAGACAGUGCAGUGAAUAUGUGGAAAUAUUAAGAUGCUUGUUGUCUAUGACCAUGAUCAGUAUCCACAUGCAGUGCUGGCUGGAUCUGGAGCAGUACAAGAGGACUCCUCAGAGGGACAAGGCUGUCAGAAAGGAGAGGUCAACUCAUAUCACAACCAAAUACCUCAACUGGGAGUACUUCUUUGGCCCUGAGAGCCCAGCUGCAAUAGAACAACAGAAUGAUGUAUGUCAGUCAUUUUUGUCUGUUCAAAAAUCCAUUUGUCCACUUCCAUUGGCAAGUAAUAACUCUGUCAUUAUCAAAGCUCUGAUAAAGUUCUAUUAUUUUGAAUUCCUUAUAGUGAGUCUCAGAGAGGUAAGGUCAGAAACGUGGUGUCCUUAACAUCAAAAACCCAAGUCCAGAUUUGAUAAACAGAGACUCCUGAGGCUCUUACACAGUUUCUACUUCUCUUCUUUGGCAUUGAGGAGACUUCAUGCUGACAGAGAGGAACGGGAGAGGGCGUGAUAAGAAUUAAACCAAGAAGAGGAGAAGACAGUGGUUGGUGUCCAGGUAGUGAAGAAAGAUCAGUCCCAGUAAAAAUGGCAGCAGGAGGGAGUCUCCUCUGACAUGAACAGUCUGAGAUAAGGUUUCUGGAUUCUGGGAUUGUUGCCAGAGGCUUGCUGUGCAGAGUGAGAAUACCAACGGAAAAUUUCAAAAGAGUAAAAAAGUCUUAAAAAUUAGGUCAGGAACAUUAAAAAGUUGCCACCUUAGUUCAUCAGUGGCUGUGGCUUCACCUAUGGUGUGUGGAUCAUGGGAUGAGUUAAAAACCAACCGACUUACAUAGCAGCCUCUUCCACCAGUGUGUGAAUGUGAAAAGUUAUACAAAAGAGCUUUGAGGGGUUCAAACAAUACAAACACGUCUCCUUUAUCAAGAACUCCUCAACCUUAGCCCACAGAUGAAGUUUAUAACUCUGCAUUUGAAGGAGGAUGCCAGCUGCUGUGCCUCGAACUCUUCAGGCCCGGCUCUGGCUGCUGCUGCUCUUGCCUCUCUGUCUUGGUUCUUGUCUGCGUGAGCAGCUUAGAGAGACUGACAGCUUUACUGUUUUGGCCCUUCACUCUUUCAAUCACUCAGUCAUCCAGUCCACAGAUUGGCCUCCUUUCAUCUACUGACUCCAACUGCAGUGCCACAACUGGUUCUCAUUUCUGAAGCCCGUCUGUGAGUGUAUGUGUGAAUGCAUGCCUUUGUGCUUGCAAAAUGAGAUGAGAGAAAAUAUAAAAGAGAUAUAAAUAUGGAGACAUGGCCAGAUCGAUGUAUGAAGACAGAAAGCAGACAGGGGGAUGAAGAGAACAGAGGGGUUCUGGGAAUGAUGAAGAGCACUGCAGGAGUCAGGAAGGAGAGCAGUUUUCAGGAGGGCUUUUCACUCAUAUGUUCCUCAUUUCUACUGAAAUCUCCUGAGCAGAAACACCAUUAAACAUUCACAUCAAAAUAAUGAGCAAACAUGCAACCACCUUCCUCUGCUGGGUUUUUGAUCCUCUUUUUCUGUGCGUGUAGAUUUUACGUUUGGCAGGAGGACAUGAGCGUCUGAAGCAGGAGUGUCUCUCGAACUCAGUCGCCGUGGAGGUCCAGGACAUCAUCAGGAGUCACAUCGAGAAAAAAUGGCUGCCACUGUUUUUGUCCACUGCAGAGUUCACAGAGCGGCAGAAACAUCAACCAAAGGUGGCAAAGAGUCUCAACACUUCUGCAGAAAAUGUGAACAAGACAUCUGAAGCACAAGACAACAUUCUGAAACACUUUGGGGACUAGACUUAAAGAGGAUUGAACACCACAUUCAGCAGCUCAGUCCAGCAUAAAGAACAUGAACAGAGAGGCAGCAGGCCGGAUCAUGUCCAACAGUUAUACAGAGUAUUGAACAAAUACAACACAGCUCACCAUUUGACACAAGCAAUUUAGUUCCUGUAGUCUUGUAAUUGAAAAGGACAAUAUGAAGAUUUAAAGGCUAAUAAAAGAAAGGAAAAAACUGCAGAGACCAGCUGACUUCUCCUCGCCAAGUCUGUCCCAGUCUAAAGAGCGGUACAGACUAGAUACAUAUGAGGAAGUGAGCUGUAGAGAGGCUGCUGGAGUUUUUUUACUCCAUGAAAAAAAAUACUAGCAAUAUAUUGGUAAAUGCAUGAAUGCUUUCGAAUGCAUGCUACAGUUCAAACAUCAAAAAAGUCAUGAUGCAGAAAGAAAUGCUUAUGGAAGUUUUCCAAACUGUCAUCUUAUUGUUAUGUAGUUGAGGAGACCCUGAGCAGUUUCUGCAGCACACGGAGUAGAGCAUGAAAGCCUUGCAGAUGGUGUCUGCCUUAAAUGUUUUACACUUUAGAGUAAUAUUUAACUGUUUUCUGAGUAUUUUGAACAGUCAGCAGUUCAAAAUCCUAGAUAGGAUCAUCUGCUCUCAUUCCAAAUUACAUUGAUGUGCUGAACUGAACUGGCUGCCAUGUUUGGUAUCCUGUGAAAGCUUCAGUUUCUUUCUGACUUUGCAGUGCACAGUUCCUCGAAUAUUUGAUAUGAGAAAAACAUAAUCAUGGAUGUUCAUGUUUAAAGUUUUGUGAUCACAGAAUUCCAAGUGUGUAGGAAAGUGUCCACCCUGGUUUUCUAUGUCUGUAUCACUGAGGGUCUGUGAAAAGGACAGAGGUACUAAAUCGUGGUAAGAAACCACUAAAUGUUGUCCCUGUCCACGGCUCUCUCAGGUUGCCUGACCAGGCAAAACCUAAACCUCAUAUUCCACUCCUCCGCCCCAUUAUGUGAUCAAGUUUACACGUUUGGUCACAGGGAUCCUCUUAUUAAGUAAUGAGAGGUAGAUGUAGUUUAGCCUUACAGGAGGAGACAGGUGGGAAAGACCAUUAGUGGAGGACAGAACAGGCUGGGGUUGAGGACAGGGAUGCCAUCAGGUGAUCAGAGAUCUCUCUAAAAGGAGAUUGGAGACAUAGAGCAGAGGAAAAAAGACUGAGAGAAGGUGAAAGGUAAGAAAGCAGGGAGAGCUUCAGUUACUGCUGCUGACAGCGAGCAGCAGAGAGGUUGGAGAGGUGCUCAGUGUCUCUGUUACUCCUAAUUUACUCAGUGUCUGACUUUUGACCCUCGCAUGUUUGUGUUUCUGUGUGUGGUAGCCCCAAGCAGCAGACAGGCUCUCAGUAAACCCCUACCGUCGGCGCAGAGCAAGGAGAGCAGCCUGGAAGGUAAGGGGGAAUCCUCUGGGGAAAGCUGGUUGUUUGGGUAUUUUGAAUGGAGAGAAAUAAGGCAUUUCCUGGCCUGAAAACGUAUGCGAUUUAGUUCAUGACUUGGCCCCGAGAACUGGCUUUGUCAAACACCAUUUUGGCCAUGUGGUUGGUUUUCCCAGAUUGGAUCCAGGAUAAAUAAGAUUAAAGCAUCAAUAUGACUAACCUUCCUUUAAUAAGCAUGGGAGCCUUUUCCAGCCUCCUUCUCUCAGCUGAACUCAGAUAUAAAACAUGAACAUCUCACAUUUGAAGCAGGAUGAUUACAGGAAGAAGUUUUCAUACAUGAUUGUGAUUAUCAUUUCUGUGAUCAUUACCUCAUUUUUGGCAAAGAGCUGCUCUUUCCCAUAAAAGAAAAGAAAAAAAAAACAGAGGCCAUCUUUACAUCUGUUGUUUAGGAACACACUGUACAGUACCAUUGCCUUGACAAAUGAGUCAUGUUUUCUUUAGAUGAAUCGCUGAUUAUACAGUAUUUCUAUUUUCUUAAACCCACCAGGGGGUUUACGUAACAGCUGAGAACCCUGACAGUCCUGUACCAUGUGUUCCUGCAGGCUGAGGGACUCUGGAUGAGUUCCUCCAAAGAGAUCCUGCUGUUUCGACAGAUCCUUCUCAACCCUGCCACCUGUCUGCAGUUCCAGCACUUUGUCUUCCUAAAGGGAGACUUCCUGGAAAAUGACUUACUUUUCUGGCUGGAGGUGCAGAGGUAUAAGGUAAAAGAAGCUUAAAUAUUCAGAAGAUGAUGUGAUGGGGGCUCACAUGACAUACCUGCAACAUAAUCUCUGACACACACAGGUCAUUAAAUAUGACAUGGUCGGGUUUUUUCUUUGAUAUUCAUCUGCUGACAGAAGAAUUCAAAAUUUAUUCAAAUUGAAAGAAGUUUUUCUUUGUCAGUCUCAGACCAAGUUUAAUAUGAGAAAUGAAAAUCUCCAUCAUCUCCACUGAAAGUAACAGAUGUCCUCUCUCUCUCUCUCUCUUUCUCUCUCCCUCCCUUCCUUCCUCCCUCUCUCUAUAAUGAAUUUCCUAUCUUUCAUGACUGAGAUGAAAUAGAUAGAAUCUGAAGAGGUAACCUGACACAGAUUUUUUACAUUUAAGUAGGUGUAACAAGUUUGAGGAUCUGGCGCUGUAAUCCUCAUUCUGGCCACGAGAGGCCAGAGUGUUCACACUGUAAAUCUGCUCAGACUCUUUUUCUCCACCUGUCACUCUUCUAUGUGCUGAAAUACUGCAAACGUUUAAAAUUGUUCAAUCUCUUUAUUGUGGUGCAGCUCACAAAGUUCCUCCACAUAUCUGGAGGGCUCCUUUUGCCAACAGUAAUAUAUCAGACUCAAAAUGAGACCACCCCUUCUGUGUCCUAUGUUCUCCUCCAUCAUUCAGGACCUGUGUCAUUCCCACAGUGAGGAGGCCACCAUCCAGCAGAAGAUCUCCACCAUCAUCAGCUGUUUCAUUGACUCCUCCAUGCCUCCUGCCCUGCAGAUAGACAUCCCCCCUGAGCAGGCCCAGCACAUCCUGGAGAAACGCCACGAGCUGGGCCCUUAUAUCUUCAGGGAGGCACAGGUAGGGAGUGUGAGGGGGAGUUUUGAGUGUGCUGUGUUCUUCCUCUCUGUUUGAUGACUGUGUCUGUUCACUGUGAAUACAGAUGUCAGUGUUCAGUGAACUGCUCAAGUACUGGCCGGAGUUUCAAGAGUUGUGCAGCUGUGUUCAACAGGAGCAGCUCCUUCCUCUGCUGGAGGAAAAACGUGUCUCACACAGAGCCAGAGUGAGGAGAUUGAGGAGAAAAGAGGAGGAGGAGGAAGAGGAGAUACAGAGGAGGAGAAGGAGGGCUCAGGUGAAGAAACAACGCUUUACUGAGAGGCUGAUCAGCUAGUGAUGGAAAUACACUGUGUGCACAAUUAUUAGGCAAGUUGUAUUUUUGAGGAUAAAUUUUAUUUUUGAACAACUACAGUGCUCUCGGUCAAUCCAAAAUGUUAAUAAACCUCAAACCUUAAUAUUUAAGGGAGUAAAAGUGAGAUUUUGACUUCCUUAGGAGAAUAUCUAUGUGUGGACAAUUAUUGGGGGCAGCUAUUAGUGUGCAGAAUUAUUAUGCAACUAAAUGAAAAAUGAAAAAUUUUCCAUCUCACUUGUUUAUUUUCACUUGUUAAAGUGAGAAUGAUAAACAAACAACUCAAUUUACAAAUAAAAAUUGUUGAAAUUUAAAAAAAAAAAAAUCAGUGACCAAUACAGCCACCCUUCUUUUCAUUAACACUCAUAAGCCUUCCAUUCAUGGAGUCUUUCAGUUUCUUGAUCUGUUGACGAUUAACUUUUUGUGUUGCAGUAACCAAAGCCUUCCAGACACUGUUCCAGACACUGUUCAGAGAGGUGUACUGUCUUCCUUCACUGUAAAUUUCCUGUUUAAGAAGGGCUCACAAGUUCUCAACAGGGUUUAGGUCAGGUGAAGAAGGAGGCCACGUCAUUAUUCUUUCGUUUUUAAGGCCUUUACUGGCGAGCCACAUAGUGGAGUACUUCGUUGCAUGCAAUGGAGCAUUGUCCUGCAUAAAAAUCAUGGUUUUCUUGAAAGAUGCAGACUUUUGCCUGUACCACUGCUUGAAGAAAGUGUCUUCUCAAAACUGGCAGUAGGUUUGGGAGUUGAUUUUAAGUCCAUCUUCAACUCGAAAAGGUCCAGCUAGCUCAUCUUUAAUAAUACCAGCCCAUACCAGUACCCCGCCUCCACUUUGCUGGUAUCUGAUUCGAAGUGGAGCUCUGUGCCCGUUACUGAUCCAGCCACGGGUCCAUCCAUCUGGUCCGUCAAGAGUCACUCUCAUCCCAUCAGUCCAUAAAACCUUUGAAAAAUCUCUCUUCAGAUAUUUCUUGGCCCAGUCUUGACGUUUCAACUUGUGUCUUGUUCAGUGGUGGUCAGAUUUCAGCCUUCCUUACUUUGGCCAUGUCUCUGAGCACUGAUCAUCUUGUACCUCUGGACACUCCAGGUAGGUUGCAGUUCUGGAAUAUGACAGCACCGGAGGAUAAGCGCUUCCUGGUAGCUUUACGUUUGAGUCUCCUCAAAUCUUUGGCAGUUAAUUUGCGUCUUUUUUUCUUAACACGUUUCUUGCGACCCUGUUGACUAUUUGCAUCAAAAUGUUUGCUGAUUCUGUGAUCACACCCAAAUAUCUAAGCAAUUUCAAGAGUGCUGCAUCCCUCUGAAAGACUUUUUACAUUUUUUGACUUUUCAGAGUCAUUUAAAUCUCUUUUUUGGCCCAUUUUACCUGAGGAAAAGAAGCUGCCUAAUAAUUAUGCACACCUUGAUUUAGGGUUUUGAUCUCCUUAGGCCCCAGCCUCCCUCAUUACACUAAUACACAUUACCUGAUAUGCUUAUAUCCAAUAAGCAUUCAAGUUUAUACAGCUUGGAGUUGGAAAAUAUGCAUAAAAAUGAUGAUAUGAUCAAAAUACUCACUUGCCUAUUAAUUGUGCACAGUGUACAGCCUUCUCAUGAAACAGAGUUGAAAUGGAGAGCAUGUUCAUUUAUGACUCAUCAAAUUCUAUCUGUGAUGGUGUUACAGAAGAAGCUGGAGAGACCAGAGUCCAAUUUACAAGAGGAGGAUGAGACAGAUGAUGAAGAGGAGGUGACAGAGGAGGAAGAGCUGAGCAGUGAAAGAACUCCUACACAGUGGGUAAGGAAGAGUCUGUUUCUGUGGAGGGAACUCUACACAUGUUGUUGUGUGUGUAAAUAUGUGUGUGACAAAUGAAGCUGGUCUCAGUGCAGCUGCUGGAGCUGACCCGGGUAUUCAGGGCGGAGCUGCUCAAAGCAAAACGAGUGUAAUUCAUGCAACAUGAUCCCUGAAUAGGUGAGAGAUGGUCAUCCAGCACCUCAACCCUCAGAGCUCCAUGCUGAUCUGCCCAGAAGGAUGUCAAACACAGAGGGGGGUUCACACACAGACCUGAACCAUCACAGGGCAGCACCAACAGCUGCCCAUACCAAUCCAAACCAGAGUCUGAUUUCAAGUUCACUCAAAAAGAGCAAAAAGAGGAUUUAUUCCUGCCCUCGAUUUCAUCCAAACAACCCACAGAUGUCUGUUUUUUUUGUUGUUGUUGUUGUUGCAAAGACCGUCUGCUGCAGAAGCGAUGAACUGAUGUUCUGCUUUCAUGAGCUUCAGUAUUUUACAUCAUAAGAUUCAAGAUUCAGGCAGAAGUCAGAUCCAUCUUUUGAACUCAGAAUCUGAUUUUUCUUCAUAUCACCUGAAAGUUUGUUUAAUGACGUAUUGUAAGUAACAUUUUUGCAUUAUUGUUGACAGUGAAACAGUGAGACUGUUUAAUGAACACUGCUGACUCAGUGUAUGUGGAUAAAUCAGCUCAGUACAGCUUGAUAAUUAAAUAUGAGUAACUGUAAGAGCUCCACUCGUUUUGUGUCAAGUUUGGUUUAUUCUCAUGCAGAUUUAAUGACAGGAAGAAGACAAAGAAGAGGAAGACUGCAGUUAACAACAAGACAGCCCCCUUUUAACUGUUUUGUACUGUCUUAGAGGACACCACAGGAUGAAAAACAAUGAAGAAAAAUCUGCAUGAGCAUGCAGUCAGAGCAGGGCCUCAGCAGUCUUAGCCACAGACCAGAGAGGAUAUGCUCAGUCCCCUAAUUCAACCAGUUUUCUAACCACACCAGAUCUGACUGAACUUGUGGAUUUCUCCCUCCAGCUGUCAUGGUCCUACUCCAAGUACAUGGCAGCUUUAAAGAGGGAGGAAGUGCGGCUGAAGAGACAGAGUGAGCGGGAAGCCUCUUUCUCCACAGUAUCAGGUACACUCGCAUACCUCUCUUUGUCUCCCCAGGCUCGGUCAAAAAUGUUCAGCAGUGACUGCUCUCUGCUACCAGACAGAUUAAAUGCAGGAAACCAUAACAGUGAAAUGACAUUUAGCCUUUCCCACAGUCAAAUCCAAACCACAUUUCCAGCGUACCUUGCAGUUAAAGGCAAAGUUAGUCACACCCCCUCCUGUCUUAUAAUGUCAAACCUCAACCAAAAUAUCCACUUUAGCCUGUCCAUUUGGCACCAAUGUUCUGUGCAGCCAGAAGACCAAGCCCAUUAUGAGUGGACAUGUCAAUGAGGUGUGAUAUUAACUCUAAUGGAGUAGGUUGGGGUGGAUAGUAAAUGAGGACAUGAAAUGAAGCGUUGUGCAAACUUCAUUUUCUUCCAAGUGCUGUUGGGAACAUGAAGAGAUCAUUCCUGGUAUCUGCAUGGUGGGGACAAAGUCAACAUAUAGUAGAUGGAGGACAAAUGAGGGGCUUUUACACAAACGAGACGUGAACAUAUCUUCUCUUUUUAAAUGAAACCAGUCACCAGUAUAUUCAGGGGCCAUCACAGCACCCAUGUUCAGCUGUCUCAUUCAACUUUCUGCCUCUCCAGAGACCUCCUCUCACUGCAGCAUCAGGUCGGGAGGCAGGAAACACAGCAGCCAGCGGCCUUUGUGUUGGUCAUCCGGGAGGACGAGUAAACAGUCGAACAGUGAGUGAAUUACAGACAUUCAACACAAGGGUGGCUUUGCUGCUGACUGACUCCAGUGUGUUUCUGCAGGGAGUGUCAUGGCCUGCAACAUCAAGUGACCCCAGAGAGUUUGAACCAUGGACUGUAUAUAGAAUGGACGCUGUCUGCCUCCUUGCUGAGUGAAGCCAUCGUGAGAACAGCACCCUCUGGUGACAGGCUGCAGUAUAGGUCAUAAAUCCCGCCUCCUCCAGCAAUCCCUAUGGAGCUGUGGACAAACUUGAGAAAUUUAUUACACAGAAUAUACAUUUUUCUCCGCCCUGGUUGUGAUGUUGACAUGUAGUUACUGUAAGACUGGUUUGUGCUCAAGUCUUCUUUUUUCCUGUGCAGCUCCAUUUUUAA